AUGACCAAUAUACUCUUUUGGCUGAUACUUUUCACACCUGCAUGGACUCUCAUUGAUGAAUCUGAACUGGACCCGGAUUUUAUGUGGCACUUGAGAAAAAUACCCCGGGUGGUCAAUGAAAGGACUUCCUAUCUGACCAGUCCCACCUUUGAGGCAGAUGCUAAGAUGGUGGUAAGCAGAGCGUGUGGCAUCGAAUGUCAGAAAGAACUCCCAGCCACCAACCUUUCGGAACUAGAGGAUUCCCUUUCGUAUGAGACAGUGUUUGAGAAUGGCACUCGAACCUUGACCAGAGUGAAAGUUCAAGAUUUGGUCCUUGAGCCGACUCAAAAUUUCACUACGAAUGGAGCAUCUGUUAGGAGAAAGAGACAGGUAUAUGGCACAGACAGUAGGUUCAGCAUCCUGGACAAAAGAUUCUUAACUAAUUUCCCUUUCAAUACAGCUGUGAAGCUCUCCACUGGUUGCAGUGGUGUUCUGGUUUCCCCUAAUCAUGUUUUAACAGCUGCCCACUGUGUUCAUGAUGGAAAGGACUAUAUCAAAGGGAGUAGAAAGCUAAGGGUAGGAUUGUUGAAGAUGAGAAAUAAAGGUAGUGGCAAGAAACAUAGAGGUUCUAAGAGGAGCAGGAGAGAAGCUAAUAGUGGCAAUCGAAAGGAGGGCACUAAAGAGAAUCUGAAGGAGCGAGGUGAGGUUGGAAGAAGAAGAAAAAAACUUGGUCGGGGUCAGAGAGUUGGUGAGGGGAGGCUCUCCUUCCAGUGGACUCGGGUCAAGAACACCCACAUUCCAAAAGGAUGGGCAAGAGGAAGGACGGGAUAUGCUGCCUUGGACUAUGAUUAUGCUCUUCUAGAGCUGAAACGCGCUCACAAAAAGAAAUACAUGGAACUAGGGGUCAGUCCAACCCUCAAGAAGAUGCCAGGUGGAAUGAUUCACUUCUCAGGAUUUGAUAAUGACAGGGAUGAUCAGUUGGUCUACCGGUUUUGUAGUGUGUCUGAUGAAUCCAAUGAUCUCUUCUAUCAAUACUGUGAUGCAGAGUCAGGCUCUACUGGCUCUGGGGUCUACCUGCGUCUGAAAGAACCAGACAAAAAAAGUUGGAAGCGCAAAAUCAUUGCUGUCUAUUCAGGCCACCAGUGGGUGGAUGUUCAUGGUGUGCAGAAGGACUACAAUGUGGCUGUACGCAUCACGCCCCUCAAGUAUGCUCAGAUUUGCCUCUGGAUUCAUGGGAAUGAUGCCAAUUGUACUUAUGGCUAG